AUGCGGGCGCUAUGGGAGCUGCGCACGGGUGUCACGGAGGAUUUGCUGCUGGUUCAAGCUCCAGCAUCCGCUGUGCGUGAUGAUGCUCAAGCUGAGUUUGGGCCAGAUGGUUCAGAGCAGGCUGCACGUGAGGAUGCUCAAUCUGAGUUCAGGUCAUACUACGCCCAACAUCUGCGGACUGUUGCACCUGAUUGUAUGCAGAAGCUGUACGCCAACUUCCCUGGCCAGCCGAAGCCCGCGUCAGAGAGGGCACGAUCAGAAGAAGCGAGGCGCCGGGAAGAGGAGGAGGCGACAAGGACCCAUGCAGAGGAAGAGGCGGAGGAGUGGCAGCGACAGGAGGCCGCGGACAUUCACAGACAAGAGGUGGGCAGCAUCUGCAUGAGAUUGGUUUAUUGGCCUGGAAACGCGGAGAGUAUGCAGCAGGAGAGCGUGGAGGCUGAGUUGCGGCAGAUUGCCCCUGCUACCGUGGUGGAAGCUCCGGACUUGCUUGUGUGCUGGCAGCCUUUGGCUUUCAGCCCACGUGAGCAGUUUCAAACACAUCUGCAGGGCGACACCAGUGCGACACCUCAAGAUCAGGAAGCUUGCGGGACCACGCAGCGGUGCUUUAUCGUUUACGAUCCUGCCACAGCCAUGGCCUUUUUCCACUGGUUUCUGGAAGAUCCGCAAAGUGAGUUCUACCUUGAUUUGGCCGGUGGAGGAAGUCUGGUUGGCAACGCCUUAGCUUCCAAGGAGAUUGAGGAGCUGUACAGCUCCAAUUGGUCUGAGGUUCAACACCAGCAAGCAGCAAGUCCAGCAGAGGACCUGCAUCCUGGGUGCUCUUUUGACGACGCAGCGAAUCCCAUCACCUUUUCCCUUCUGAUGUCCUUCCUGGAAGUGCCGGAUGUCCUGCAUCUCUCUUGCGCAGAGCAGACGGUCCACCGCCCCAAGGAGCUCGUUUGGCACCUUGUGGAGUUAGUUGAUGUUGCUCGGGAGCACAAGUAUCGGGCACUGGCUGAUCAAAGCAAGCUGCGCGACAGCACCAAAUGCCUGGUCGAAGGGGCGACGUGGUGGAUGCGCUAUGCUCCGGGAGCCGUCUUGAAGCUGGUGCGUCGCGUCGCAGACGAUUCGUACAACUCUGACGAUUCGUAUAACUCUGGCCCUACAGCAUUUGAAGUCCUUGCGGGGUUUUGUCAAUAUGGAAAUUCGCCGAUCCGGCGAUGCAUCGCACCUGCUGUCCUGCCGCUGCUACAUGAACGGCAAGCUGCCGGCGUGCGUGUCUUGUAUACGUGCAAGCACGACCUCGGACGCUUCGAGAAUGGUGUCGUUGAAGCGCUUCUUCACGGCCUCUCUGGGUCAGAGGCGCAAGACUGCGUUGUUUUGCUGACAAUGAUCCUGCAUUAUUUGCCCUCGCCAGGCAAGGUUUAUCCCAGGGCUUGGCUGGUCUUGAACUCGUUGAUGCUGCGUGCUCAAAAAGAUCUGAAAAGGCAGCUGCGGCCCCUAUGGCUUCUGCUGGACUCCACGUGGCGGCGGAGGGCCCCUGCGAAAGACCCCAAUCAGUAUUACAAUCGCUCCUUUCUGUGGCUUCUGACAUCAAGAGUCGAGAUUGAAGCUGCCAAGCAGAGACGAGCCAGCUGCCGUGGCUGCAGGAAUUUCCGUUGUUUUUGCUACCUGAAUGUUCCUGGCCGUCCCGUGUCAGAAGCGCAGGUUGUCAGGAACGACCGCCAUCCAUCGCCGUCAGCGCACAGCCAUUACCCGCGCACUGCCGAGAAAAACGCCGUAGAGAACUUCUUGCCGUGGACUACAUUCGUUAAGUCGGAGUAA